AUGAAGAUAACCACCAUCUCUGUGAUCCUUUCCCUUGUGAUUUGUUGUUUCUUUCUCGGUUCAGGGACUUCUGCACAUAAGCUUGAUUGCAAAAAGUAUAAACCACAGCAGCAGCAGCAGCAGCAACAGCAGCAACAAGUUCCAAUAAUCUGCACUUUUGAAAGUGACCCAGUCUGCGGAACUGAUGGCAAAACUUAUGGCAAUGAAUGUUCGCUGUGUGCUGAAAUCCUAGGUGGAGCCAAAAUAGACUUAGCCCACAAAGGAGAAUGUGUUGACUGCAGUAAAUUUCCAGAACCGCCAAAGGGCAAAGAGGCCCCCUGUCCCAAAAUACAUGCACCUGUGUGUGGCACUGAUGGCAUCACUUAUUCCAACAUAUGCCUCUUGUGUGCAAAAAUUCGGUCAUCUGGAAAACAGAUUGGAAUUAAAAAAGAAGGACCCUGCAUAUCAAAGAAUGAAUGCAAUGCAUAG